AUGCCUUUUGAUGGAAUAGGAUAUAGAUCCUGGAGAAGAGGAGUUCUACGAGCAUUGUCUGUAAAGAACAAAAUUAGAUUCAAUGGCAAGUGUAAGAAACCUAACUCUGAUUCUGCAAGCUAUGGACAGUGGGAAAGAUUUGACGAUAUGGUCACCUCAUGGAUUUUGAAUUCACUUUCGAAGGAUAUAGCAGAUAGCCUGCAAUAUGUGAAUGAUGCAAAAGAGCUUUGGCAGGAAUUGGAAGAUAGAUAUGACCAGACUAAUGGAGCAAAAAUGUAUCAACUUCAAAAGGAGAUCAAUGAUUUAACCCAAGGCUCACUAGAUAUUACUGGCUAUUACACAAAGAUGAAAAUGCUUUGGGAAGAAUUGCACACUUUGAAUGCCAACACUCAGUGCAACUGUCAAUGUGUUUGUGGAGAAAAGGCAAAUAUGCAUAAAGCAGAACAAGACAGAAGGCUAAUCCAAUUUCUGAUGGGCCUAAACGAGGUAUAUACAGUAGUGAGAGGCAACAUUUUGAUGAUGAAUCCACUGCCCACAAUAGCUCAGGCAUUCUCAAUUUUGAUUCAGGAGGAAAAACAACAUGAAGUUAGGCCACAAAAUCAGUUGAACCUAGAAUCAGUCUCAAUGAAUGUUCAUAGUCAGCCUAAUAAUGGCUUUAGAACAAAUUACAACCAGGUGACAAAUACAGGGAACCAGUUCAACAGAUCAGGAUACAGAGGUCCACGCAUGUUUUGUGACGACUGCAAAAGGCAAGGGCAUACAAAGGACAAGUGCUACAAGUUACAUGGAUUCCCACAGAAUUUCAAAUUCACGAGAGGUAAAAAUACAGCAUCAGCAGCAAAUGUACAUGCAGGACUUCAAGAGUUUCCUGCUGGAGAGCAUGAUCUCAUUGAGAGUAAUGGAUAA